AGGUUGCAGGCGUGCCAGGAUCGCCCCGCAACACCAAAAAACACGCCGGGGCGCGUUGUGGUUCGAUCCAAUCCUCCAAUCACCACCCGCAAUUAAAGCAUCGCAGCAAAACCACCACAGACACCUCAACCACCACCAUAAAACACAACCAUGGGUGACGAGUGGGAGCCGCCCAUUCCCGCGGGCUACAGCGAUGCCAACCGCGCCUUCCUGCAGGCCUUCAUGGCGCGGGGCACACUGACCUUCCGCGAAGCACAAAAAGUGCUAGCGGGCAUCAAGGGCGCGAUCGAAGACGACGACGGCGCAGUACCCCCCCAAUCGAUCACGAUGGCCGACUUCGAGAACUUUGUGCGCAGCGCGCGCGAGGCGGUCGAGCCGCUGGACUACGACAUCCGCAACACGCGCGACCAGGUGCGGGGCGGCGAGCGGGUGUGGGCCUUCAUCAACGCCCACAGCGACCCGGCCACCCAGAUGGGCACCGCCCGCUCCCCCGAGGAGGUCGCCUACAUCAAGCGCCUGCUGGACGCCAUGUUCGACCAGUACAAUACCCCGCGCAUGGAGGUCAUGGCCGUGGAUGAGGGCCAGGCGCUGCGCGUCUCGCGGCCGACAAGGCGGGAGAGCAAUAUCCAUGGGAAUAAUAACAAUAACAAUGGGGGUGGGGGGGAGGGCAGCGAUGCCGAGGGUGGUGACGGGGACGGGGACGGCACGACCACGGUCAGCCGAGGGUUGAAGCACUCGGAGGUGCUCUCGCUGCUGGCGAGCCUGGUCGCCGAGGGGUGGCUGGACAAGUCGCGGGACGGGUUCUACAGCCUGACGCCGCGGGCGCUGAUGGAGCUGUGGUCGUGGCUGAUGGCGACGUACAACGACCCGGACGCCGAGGCGGAGUGGCAGCACAUCAAGUUCUGCGAGGCGUGCAAGGAGAUCGUCACGUACGGGCAGCGGUGCAACGAGCCCGACUGCACCAUUCGCCUGCACGACAUCUGCGAGGACGGGUUCUGGCGCACGAGGCGCGAGCGGACGUGCCCCAAGUGCAGCACGCCCUGGGAGGGGAAUCACUACGUGGGGGAGCGGGCGGUUACGUCGAGGUCUGGGUUCCAGAGGGGGAGGGGGAGGAAGGGGAGACGAAGUCAAGCAACUGAGGCUGUCGAGGAGGAGGAUGAGGAGGAAGAGGAAGACUAAUUGUUAAGCCACUACUACGAAGCACUGUGUGAUGUAUGAACCAUGAUACCCGGCAGUGUAAUUGCACUAGCCACAGCAGAG